AGGUCGCAUAUUUUGUAUGCAGCCCCAUCAUCUCAACAACGAUCAGUCUGGGAAUCAGAAUACGACCCCAGCUAGCUGUCUGCUUCGAGAAAUCCACAGCACGGCGCUCUCAGUUCAGUGCAAAUCAUGGAUAGUAUGACGAAUUUGAGAGCAAGAAUUCCAUCUGUUCUGUUGGCUGCCUUGGUGCUGGUGUUGUCGAGGUUGCAGUCCACUGGAGCAGUGGACAUUCUGUUCUGGUCGCAAGCGAAUUGUCUUGCACAAUCUGUGGGAUGUUUCGGUCUCGCUGAGGGAGUCUGUUGCGGCUUACCCGCCGCUUCAUGGCGACCUUCAGUGAGGGUCCAAAACUCGAACUCCUGUAAAUCGACCACCUUAUAUACCGGUGGCUUCUGUACCACCCCAUGGGGGAGAUUUACCGGCAGCUUCUGCGUUUCUGGAGCCCAGUUUACUGGUGGUCGCUGGAACACCACUUGUCGGCGCCGUCAGCUUUUGGCUGAUGUUUCUGAUCACGAGCAGCAGGCAUGCACCGACGGCUCUUCCGGUUGCAAAAAUGUUAUGGAUCCAAACGCCGUAGUCUACAAUUCUGGUGAAGGUAACUGGGUGCUCAUCAAAGACAAUGCAAUGGGGCUCCACGAGCAGCUCACAAAUGUACCGGAUUCAGAAAAGGUGGCCUGGCUCACGGCGCAAGGAGCUACGUACACUUCCAAAACUGAGGAGAGGAUGAUCGUUGUGGCCAACUGACAUGUUGCAACUUCAUCGUUACGAUGCUCCCUUGAAGAUAUUGCAGAGCAACUCCAGCAGUUCACCGAACCCUGCUGCGGAGUCGUCUUCGAGCACUAAACGUGUACUACUGUGUGUGGCUGCUCAGGCUGUUUAUUCUGUAUGUGGAAAUAACCAUGCACGUAUCAGAUGUACCG